ACUAGUGAUUACAAUGUUGUUGCAGGAUCAAAAACCUUUCAGUUUUGUAGAGGCCCAAACCAUUCAGGGCUUUAUAUAUAAAAUCAGCUUUGUGUUUGGAAGACAAUAGCAGAUGUCCCUGGUAGAUUUGGGAAAGAAGCUUUUAGAAGCUGCACGAGCAGGACAAGAUGACGAAGUUCGCAUUUUGAUGGCCAAUGGUGCGCCUUUUACUACAGACUGGUUGGGAACAUCUCCACUUCAUCUAGCAGCGCAAUACGGGCACUAUUCAACCACUGAAGUGUUACUUCGAGCUGGUGUAAGCCGGGAUGCCAGGACCAAAGUGGACAGAACUCCAUUGCAUAUGGCAGCUUCUGAAGGCCAUGCAAGCAUAGUAGAAGUUUUACUUAAGCAUGGUGCUGACGUCAAUGCAAAAGACAUGCUGAAGAUGACUGCUCUUCAUUGGGCCACAGAACACAAUCAUCAGGAAGUAGUGGAACUCUUAAUAAAGUAUGGUGCAGAUGUCCAUACGCAGAGUAAAUUUUGCAAAACGGCAUUAGAUAUUGCUUUAGACAAUGGAUUCGAAGACCUGGGAGAAAUACUACAGAUUGCAAUGCAGAACCAAAUCAACACAAACCCAGAAAGUCCCGACACUGUGACAAUACAUGCAGCAACGCCACAAUUCAUCAUUGGACCUGGCGGGGUAGUGAACCUAACAGGUCUGGUAUCUUCUGCACAUACAUCAAAUAGAGCAGAUGACACAGGAGUGUCUGCUGUUCAGUUUGGUAAUUCCUCAACUUCAGUAUUGGCAACUUUGGCUGCCUUAGCAGAAGCUUCAGCUCCGCUGUCCAACUCAUCAGAAACACCAGUUGUGGCAACGGAAGAAGUAGUGACUGCAGAAUCUGUGGACGGUGCAAUUCAGCAAGUUGUCAGUUCUGGAGGUCAGCAAGUUAUUACCAUAGUAACUGACGGCAUUCAGCUUGGAAACCUCCAUUCCAUUCCAACCAGUGGAAUGGGUCAGCCUAUUAUUGUGACCAUGCCAGAUGGGCAGCAAGUACUUACAGUACCGGCAACAGACAUUGCUGAAGAAACGGUGAUCAGUGAAGAGCCUCCAAUGAAGAGACAAUGUAUUGAGAUAAUUGAAAAUCGGGUGCAGUCUGCAGAAAUAGAAGAAAGAGAAACUUUGCAGAAACAGCUGGAUGAGGCCAAUCGAGAAGCACAGAAGUACCGCCAGCAGCUUCUGAAGAAAGAGCAGGAGGCAGAAGCCUACAGGCAGAAGUUGGAGGCAAUGACUCGCCUCCAGACUAACAAAGAAGCUGUUUGAAUGGUUGAAGCAAGCGUUCUAAUGAAGCCAGUUAAGAAAGCUGCAGUACAAUCUGGACCUGCAUGCCACGUAGGCACGGACCCAAGAUUAUAUUCUAGAGAAGAUGCUACAGGUUUGAAACUGGACUUAAGCCAUGAGCUCUGGUGAAUUUCUUGUAUCAUAUUAAAAAAAAAAACCCUCAGAAUUUAGACAUUUUGUGCAAAAAUAUUUAAAAAGAAAUACUGUAAAUAGUUGUUUUUUUACAGUUCCAAAAUUAGUUGCUUAAUCUUUUUGAAGGGAUUCACAAACAUGCAAAGCUGAUGUUUUUGUGACCUUUUUGAUUUUAGUACAAAACUGCUGAGAUACAGAACAGUUUUAAGGGUGAUAACUGUUGAUUUAAACUGACAGUGUAAAAAAAAAAAGAAUUAUGUGACAGAACCAAUCCUAAAAGCUAAGCCACUUAGACCUCUGAAUAAUUACCUUUCCUGAUGGAAAUUCUUUUGUACAGCUUUAAGUAGUAGCCCAGAGUCCCUGAACCCUGCCCCCACUUUUUUAGAAAAAAAUGUAAUUUUUUAUAUUUAAUUCCUGAUAUAUUCAAGUAGAUUGACAUGUAUAUGAAGCUGAUAUUUUUUAAACUUUUCAGUUUGUACAUAUGCUGCAUGUUUUUUUUUUAUAAUUUCUAUAUACAACUUACAUAAGUAUUUUUCAGGAAAGAGGAGGGAAAAUUAUGAGAAAAAUGUUUAAACUAUAGGUCAUGGGGACGGGGGUGGGUGGGCGAGGGAAACAAACUGGUGGAUAAUGGUUGGGAUUUUUGUUUUUAGUUUUUAACUGAGAGUGGCAUUUCUUGGAGGAAUGUAAGUUGGGAGAAGUAAAAGCAAACCAAAACCAGUAUUUAUGUAAUAUAUGAAUGAUUUGAAACUAUUAGAGUUGGAGCAUGAAAUCACAUUUCCAGUGUAUCUAACAAAUCCGGGCCACAAUUCUACAGGUGGAGAGCAAGCUGCAAAGAAUGUCUCUAUAAGGCUCUAGCUUCACUUCUCCUCCUUUGCUGUGCCACUACCUGCUGGAAAGCCUGUUCCCUGCAGUGGAGGCUGGUGGCUGCUGUGUCAGAGUGUCUGUGGGGCAGUGACUGCUUCUGACUGACACCCAGAAUGGAUUCACAGCCCCACUGACAUUGGAGCCACCAUCCUCUGCUGGUUUCUUGACAGAAUGUUCACAUUAUAGCAUUAAUGAAUAAGGUGGAUGCAAUGAACCCCCAGAGAGAAUAGACUGGAUAGUUGCAGGGCAGUGUGUGUGUGUGUAGAUUCCCUUUUAAAAAGUUAGUAGAUGAAAAAGAGCUGCACAUGAUAGGAUGUGCAUAAUGUGAUGACCGAAAGUAGAUAUGAAUAAGCUGAGCUCCUAAAACAAUAGACAGUGUCUAUGCAUGCAGACAAGGACACAGCAGACAGGUUGUACUAAGAGCUGUCCAAAUUACUGAAGAAGGUGGAAAAAAACUCUUGACAAGGAAGUUCAAAUUUAUGUAGAAAACCGCCCUAAAACAUAUAACAUUCCACUUCUCUGCAUAUUAACACAAAGCAUGGGAGGGCCCUUGGCUCAAAGCAAUCACAGGCCACAGUGUGUAUGUCACGGCAACAGCAUAGAGAGGUAGUGGGGGGUGAUAUGAAGUUAAGCUGGAACCUUUUGAGGUUUGUCCUCACGCUGCAGCCGCACCUCAUACUGCUCGUCCUCUUUCAGGAUUGCAGCUUUCAUGUGCUAAUAAUAUAAAAUGUAAAAAAGUUGGGCACAGUUGCUGAUGCCUUAUCUUCUACAAAAAAGCAACAACCCUGAAAUGAAUGAGAGUAGUAAAGAAAAUGGGCUCUUGAGCUGUUUGGGUUCAUUUUAAACAGGAACCACACAAGUUCCCAUGCUCUUGGAUUCCUUCUGUUUUACUACUACUGUGAUCUCUGCUCCUUUUUGUUUUGGUGGCGCUUGCAAAGGAAAACGUCUAUUUUGUUAAUGUUUGUGUCCACUCUUUCUGUAUAGCAGUACUGGAAAUAUUAUUUUCAUUGUUUUUCUCCACACAGCAAACUGAAAUCAAGAUUGUCCUAAUCAUGAAUUCUAGAGACAGGGUUCUGCACUUAAUAUCUACAACCAAACAGCAACAUUUGGGGAGGGUAACCUUGGCUCUAUUGUCACUUACAGUUAUUUCUGAUGGAUAUGAUUAUGUUUGGAUUUUGCAGUUCUCAAAAACCAGAACUUUUAGGUCUUUAAAGCAUUGUAAUAUCAGUGGAUAGGAGGGCAAUCGUAAACCAUCUUACAUGUGAGAAAUUCCCAGUGGAUAGAAAUAAGUCUGUUUUAAGGAUUGGGACCCUAAUCUUUAGCACACCUAUGGAAAGUAGAUAGUAGCACUUGGUCACAAACUGGGGUUAAGGGGAAGAGAAAUGUUACAAGAUGUAUUAAGAGCCCUACAACUCAGACAUGCUAUACACAUAUAGCAGAAUGAAACAUAGAUUGGACUGUACCACUACAGAUUGCAGUUGGGAGCUGCCAUUUUUGAAUGCAAGAAGAAAACUAGCAGACCAGCCGUCUUGCUAGUUUUCUACUUGCUUUUUUACACAAGGGAAUAUUCAGAAACGUGAUUUCCUCGCUCGCAUUCUCAAGUGGUGCAUCCCAUUCUAUGACACCAUCUUGCUGCAGGCAUCCACCCUCCCAUAGUGGUGCAGAACCGAGACAUUUGUGGCUUUUAGACCUUCACUUUUAGACCAUACUGCCUUAAAGAUUACUGAGUGCUACACUGCAUCACACUUCAAACUACUGUGCAGCUCCUUUAUUUCAAACUAUACCUUGUAUUUGAUUUGUGCUUUGCUGUGUCUAUGUUUCAGUGCUUUUAUGAAAAUGUAUAACUUUAUAAAUCAUCUAGAUUACCUAUACAAAAUAAUUGCCCUUAAAACUGUACUCUGGCCUACUUUUUCUAUUUACAAUUAAAUAUCUUUUCCACAA